AUGGAUCCAUUAAAGCCUGCUUUCAAGCUCAGCUUCUCUAGAUUUGACUCUACAGUGAGUGAGAAAAUGCCGAAGGAGCGUGUGGUUCCACCAUCAGCAAAGCCUCACACUACUACUAUCAGAAAUGAUUAUUUUUUGCGCCCUUUUACUUUGAAAGCGGUUCAAGAACUCCUUGGAAAAAAGGGCACAAUCACCAAUUUCUGGAUGGAUCACAUCAAAACCCAUCGUUAUGUUUCGUAUUCUUUCGUUGAAGAAGCUGUAGAAACUCGUAAUGCAGUAUACGAUCUCCAGUGGCCUUCAAAUGGGGAACGUUUGUUGGUAGCGGAGUUUGUUGAUCCUCAAAAAGAUAAAACAUAG